AUGGCAGAGCUAGCUACAGGACAUAAGCUCAAUGUUGGGCCCCAGGAAUCGAAAGAAAACACCAUUAUUGUUGGAACUGACAAGAAGGAUCCACAGAAGGAAGAUGUUUCGGACGCGGGUUCAAUGAGUACCAAAAAUCCCAUUUCCGCACCACAAGCCUCACAGAAUGAGGACAAAAAUGAACAAAUUUCACCCUCUAAUGAACAGUCUCCUGAUCCUGCCAAAACACCUUUCUAUUGUUCAGUCAAAGGGAAAAGCCAUGGCGCCUUACUAGAGUGGGGAAUGACCAGCUGCCCAGCAUGCGACAUCAAUCUGUCGCAAAGUGAUCCCACUAGCCAACAAUCACCUUUUCUACCAGAGACAACACGCAGCAAAAGUGAAUAUCCCAAAGAUAAUAUAAGGACAGCCAUAUUGAGUACAAAGUCAAAUAUCUGGAUAUCGUGGGAGAAUCACUUGGUAUGGAUCCCUGAGAUGGUCCCUUUGACCUCGAAGCAGCCGAAGCAAAAGCAAGCGGGACAUCCAUCGAAGCUACUACACCAAUAUUGGAAGUUCGGUCUCUUCUCCAGACUGAUAUUUCCGAUGACAAUCCUAGAAAUUCGCUGAACGGGGGCCUGGGUUCUUCCAAUCGCAACAUUAUUGGGAAUAAGGACUUUGAUGUCGAACAUGUAGGGACUGCGAUAAAGAUUUACUCUCGACCAUUCAUUCACGCCCUUCAGAAGUUGAUCUCAUAUUGGCCGGAUACAAGUCUUGUGGCAAACUCAGUUGAAAUCAUGGAACCGUAUGCGAUUCUCAUCCAUCAUUUGGAUGCACUUGAAGCAUACAAGAUGACAUAUUCCGAAGCAACAGGCCGAGAGAAAUACAGAGACCACCCAAUUCACAAGAGGACGGAUAUCGAGUCUUGUAAUAGAGAAACCUUUGAGCACAUUAACAUCAUCAAAGGAUACCUUCAACCAUACCAAAAGGACUCUAUUCGAGAGGAGAGAAAGCUUCACCAGCAAACACCCGCGGUUGCUACAUAUGCCAUGCUUUGGCUGUUGUUGAAACCUGGGAUAACCGUCUAUGCCCAGCUUGAUGGCAGCACCGCCGCCUUUGUUGUAUCAGAAGUGAAGUGCAAACCGAGUGUGUUGAGAAAACGUGGGGCUUAUCACGUUAAACUCUGGUAUCUCGAUUUUGAUGGUAGACAUGUUGGUCGCCGAGAACACAAUGCCAUCAUUUAUCCCUUCGAUGGUAGCAGAGACAUCACCUCUUUGACUGUUUAUCCAUGCGAGUAUCACGACAACAGUGAUGGUGGUGCGUUGCGCACGAAGCUCGAAGACAGAGGCGAAAUCUUUUUCAGCAUGCUCUCCGGGGCUCAAAUGGAAUAUUAUGGAGAAUCGUUGGGAGACAAGAUUCAGUGGGUAAGCUAAAAAAAACUUUACCCUUCGGAAAGAUCCCUUGAAAUCAAAUCUAGAAACUAAUGUCAGUUUGUGUAAGUACGAGGGCCGUGUUAUGAUCGACAAUACAUCGUACUAUGACUAUUUUACCGCAGAUGAUCAGGCGCGUUACUUCAAGGAACACUCCGGUCCGAAGAGAGGGGAACGCGGCCAUAAGGAAUACGUCUUCAAUCUUUUGCACAGGCCUGUACUUGGGGAGCUGCAAGACUCGGAAGAUGUUCAACGAUGUGGCUGUAUUGAUUGCAAAGAAAAUCCGCAGAGAAAUAGAAAUUCAAGCUUCCUGUGGUCAAAAUACGACAACAUCGAUCCUAAGAUCUCCAAAACCUUGAACUUGGAAGACCCAUCUACAGGCAAAAUAUCCAGACAUCGAUACCUACUUUGUCCCAAGCGAAUUAUGGGGUUCAAUCUCAAAGCUCGGACAUGGGGUACGUUAAUCGUACACUACUUAAAAUUUUAUUUUACACUACUAAAAAACCUGGAAAUAGACCCUCUGAACGUGGAAUGCUGCUCCGACCCAAAAAUAAAAAACAGGGCUAUUGACAAUCUAGUUAUGCCUCCAGACAGGCUCACGCUAAUUAAGGCUCUAGUCAAAAAAUACACCGACAAUGAUUCCUUGACAGGCAAAGGAGUAAUACGGCCAUGGACGGCAGACUUUAUACAAAACAAGGGCGAGGGACAACUCUUUCUAUUGCACGGAAGCCCUGGCGUAGGAAAAACAUAUGUUAGCUUAGUCUAAGUUCCCAAAUCGCGCAUUUGCUAAAGUAUAGACAAGACAGCUGGUCAGUUCCAGGGUCCAUAGGCUCCUUGCUUCAUCAUCAAAACUGACAUGCAUUCUAGAAUGUAUCAGCGAGUCGACUGGACGCCCCCUGCUUUCAUUGACAGUUAGAAACAUUGGCACGAAUGAAGCGUUGAUGGAACAGAAUCUUUCAAAAUGGUUCCGCUUGGCAGAGAAUUGGGGAGCGGUGAUGCUCGUUGAUGAAGUCGACAUAUUUCUCGAGAAACGAGUGAUCACGGAUAUUCAUAGGAAUAGUCUGGUAUCAAGUAAAUAAAUGCACUACCCGCGCGAAAGACUUUUGUGACUACAACUAACAAGGAACCAACAGUAUUUUUGAGAGCCGUUGAGUACUACAGAGGGAUUCUGUUUCUGACAACAAAUCGAGUUGGUCAUUUCGAUGAUGCUUUCAUUUCAAGAAUCCAUGUUGUAAUUCAUUACGAGAAGUUCAACGACGAAUAUCGGCAAAGAGUCUGGACCCAAUUCUUCAACAAGCUAGAGUCAGAGAGAAAGAAGGAGAUUGCAAUCAGCAGCAGCGCGAAAAAAUAUGUUCUCAAUGACCCAGACAUGCGACGUAUUCCAUGGAAUGGACGGGAGAUUCGCAAUGGUAAGUUCUAAGUCCCAAAGUUUGAACCUCAAGCAAGAGGUUGCUGACUCGAAACGAUAGAGCUUUCCAAACUGCAGUCGCAUUGGCCGAAUAUCGCUUUGCAGAGUCGGAGGAUAAGGAGUAAGGAGAUAGAGCUUUGUUGGAGAGAAUAGAUUUUGAGAAAGUAUGCGAGAUGACCGGCUCCUUCAAGAACUAUUUGACAUCGGUUUCUGCUAGUGCGGAUGAAAGCGGGCGGGCAAAAGGAGAAGGCGCUCGUGACGACAACUACAAAGAGCACUAGAAUUUAGCCACAUAGGGACGAAAGAGGCCUUCUGAUAGAUGGACCAGAGAAGAGGCACUAAAUAGGCUGGGCUUCAAGAUCGCUUCUAGGAUAAUCUCGUUUGGAGGUAUAAUUUCAACAAUGGAGUUAUUUGCUGUUAUUUCCAGUGUUUGUUAAGCAGGGAAAUUGCCAUAUACACGAUUACUUGAGAU